UAAGAUUCGAUGGGUUAAAAGAGAUUAGACAACGCAGAAGCAGCUUCAUUCAAACCAGAGCUGAUGAUGAACGAAGUCUUCUCCGAACAUAAAACUGCUGAAACCGUUUAAAUAUAAGAAUAUGGCAUCCAGAAGGUGUUCCAAUACUGUUCAGACAUCAUCUGAUGCCCUCCACAUGAACACAUCUAACAGACAAACACAGAAACGCAGCAAGAAGAGCAGUCACUGCUGCUUAGAGUGUGGGAAGAGUUUUACUCUACAGAUCUCUCUGAAAAUACAUGAGUGCGUUCACACAGGAGUGAAGCCAUAUCAAUGCUCAGAAUGUGGAAAAAGUUUUACUCAGCAGAGUUCUCUUCGACAACAUGUGCGUAUUCACACAGGAGAGAAGCCAUAUCACUGUUCAGAGUGUGGGAUGAAUUUUACUCAGCACAGUACUCUCCGGCAACACAAGCAGAUUCACACAGGAGAGAAGCAAUAUCACUGCUCAGAGUGUGGGAGGAGUUUUACUCGACUGAGUUCUCUCCAAAAACACCAGCGCAUUCACACAGGAGAGAAGCCGUAUUGCUGCUCAUACUGUGGGAAGUGUUUUACUCGGCAGAGUACUCUACACGAACACCACCGCAUUCACACAGGAGUUAAACCAUAUUACUGCUCUGAAUGUGGGAAGAGUUUUACUCAACGGACUAAUCUCCAACAACACCAGCUUAUUCACACAGGAGAGAAGCCGUAUCACUGCUUGGAGUGUGGUAAGAGUUUUAAUCGUCUCAGACAUCUCCAAGAACACCAGCGCAUUCACACAGGCGAGAAGCCGUAUUACUGCUCAGAUUGUGGGAACAGUUUCAGGCAUUCAAAGACUGCAACAAGACACAAGUGCUUUAAGAGCAGUGGUGGAAAUAAACAGGAAGGAGUGUAACCAUAACACAUUCCAGGAGGAAAAGUCAGGGAAUGGUGCUUCCAGUCCAGAAUUCAAAGUGUUUUUAAGGUAAAUCCACCUACUAUUUAACACUUAUUCUGAAACAUGAGGAUACAUUGAAAUAUGAUUUCCUGUGUUGAACACCAAGUCAAGCCUUUAGGUUUAGCUUUUAUACCACCAAUCUGAAGGUGUGGUAUUGCACACUUUUCCAAAAUCAGUUUCAUUUAUCUGUUGAAAACAAUUGAGAAGCUCCACAUUCAAUAAUAAGAGGUUCUUUGCACUCUAAUGUAUUAUAUCUAAGCAAUUUUUUUUCUCAUGCAAUGAUGGAUAUUUUGGCAAACAUUUAGAUUAGAUUAAGAUUAAGUGACCCUUAUUAGUCCCAAACGGGUAAAUUUCACCUCCGCAUUUAACCCAUCUGGGUUGUGAAACGCCACAUACACACUAGGGGGCAGCGAGCACACUUGCACAGAGCAGCGGGCAGCCCUACCCGCAGCGCUUCUUAAAUCCCACUUUUGCUCCUUUGAUUUCUACAUGUUAACUAGUUAAAGGUUGUGACUAUGAAAACUAUGCCACUUUGACUUCCCUUUUAACCUUUAGGAUAUGUUUUACAUUUAUGACAUUUGACAGACACUCUUAUCCAGAGCGACUUGCAGUUUUAUCAUUUUACACAGGUAGGCGAAGGUACUGUUAGGAGAACUUUUUUUCCAAAAAGUUCCCUCAUUUUUUCAAACCAUUUUAAUGUAGAUUUAUAUACAUCUUGUUUUUACCCAAAUUUAGUUGUAUCUAAAUCUCAGCAUCUCCUCCUUAGUCAGCACCACUACUGGCACACAAAUGAAAUGGUGUACUACAAGGCCAUGCAACAGAAUUAAGAACUCAAUGAACAUGUAAAACACUAAAAUCCAACUUCUUCUCGCAAUAUUUACACACAAUUACAGCAGAAUAACCUGACAUUUACAAUUGUGUUGUCUGUAUGCUGUAGUUUUGAAAUGUUUGUGUCUGGGACUGCAAUGAAGGAGAUAUGACUCUAUGCUAAUUUUUUUAUUGGGUUGGACAAAAUGAACAGCUUUUUAAAGGAGAUACUGGAGUAUCAAGGACUGCAAGACAGCAAGCUAUCCGAAUGACGUAUUGGACACCUCGCCUCAGUAUGGUUUACACAUGCCUUUUCUACAUGCCAUAAAGUCACUUACAAGCCUAGAGUACAACUCAUCCAUGAAGUUUCCAUUAUUGUUUUUCUUUUUGAAAGAGAUUGUUCUUUGAGAAGGGCAAUGUAACAAGGAUGUUUAUGGCAAUCUAAAAUCUAUUCUACCAGACAUAGUGGUGGUCUGUGGUACAAGAGCGUGAGCUGUAUAGGUCAUUGUAGAACUGGGAGAACAGUGAUCAAUACAGUUGUUCAAAGUCUUGGGGCAGACUGAGUGUGACUCUUGUUUAUGUCAUUAGCAUGUGCAUAAGGUAUAUUUUCUUUGUUUUCUAAAUCUCACCACUGACACUGUCUUCAGUUAUGUUCAUGAAUAAAUCCAAGUCUGCAUUGUAAUAGUUUUGAUUUGUAAUGAUGAUUCAAUAUGCAUAAAUGUGAAGUGUCUAAUUUACAUAUAAUUUGUGUAAAGGCAUCACUACUUUGACCAGGUCUGUGUUAGGUGGGAAGACACCUGGGUGUUCAAGACCCCACCCCCUCCCCUCUUCUCAUCUUUUUAGCUUGCUGAAUUCUUUAAGCUUUUGUGCAUACGUUUUUUUUUUCUUCUUUUGCUUUUAUUUGUAAUAUUCCUUUUUUAUGUUCCUGUAAACCCAAAAAAAUCCUAUAAAAUUUUGUGUGUUCUUUUGAAAUCAUUGUGUGGUCUCAU